AUGGCGAGGACUUGUCGCCGGCGACGGGCUGCCAAAUUGAUGGCCAAGCCAUCCGGUCAAAUGCAGAAAGGCAAUCCAGAUGAUAGGAUCAGCAGCUUGCCCAAUGGCAUCCUUGUCAACAUUCUCGACCGACUCGAUGUCUGUGCCGCUGCCAGAACCAGUGUCCUCUCGAGACGGUGGAGUCAGCUUCCUGCCAUGCUCUCACGGCUUACAAUCAGUGCUUGGGACCUCCUGCCUUCAGAAAAUAAAACCAGCUUUUGCAAUGCUGAAUUGGUUCGGAUGGCCAAUACAGCUGUGGCCAAAGUGACAAAGAGCAUACUGGCACGCAGGGAUCCGGGUGGAUGGCCCAUUCGUCUCUUGAGCAUGACGUUCUACUUGAUAGACGAUGUCCCCAUAUCAGUCGGGCAUGCUGUUGGCAAUGCCAUGGCAACAUGCAAGGUUGAGAAGGCCGAAUUCACUGUUCUGACAGAGAAGGGACGCUUAGAGUUCACCAUUGACGAUUUGGUGAAAUACGGGGCACGGUUCGUGUCAUUUUUUAAUGAGUGUAUGGAUACAUUUGCUGGUCUCACGUGCCUCUACCUGGCGAAUUUGAGAUUUGCUGAAUCGGACUUCGUCUCCAACAUCCUCGUCACUUGCAAGCGAUUAAAACACUUAGGUUUUCUCAAUUGCGACACAGAGAAUUGGAUAGCGUUCCAAAUUGAACACGCCGAACUCAGUGAGCUCAGUAUUGUCAAUUGCCGUUUUGACGUGGUCAAACUCGACUGGGUUCCGAAGCUCACUUGGUUGGUGUUUGAGUUUUGGAUGUCUUUCAAAGAACCACCACUGUCAUUUGGCUAUGUCCCAUUGCUCAAUGUUCUAAGUGUUUCAAAUGUUGCUCUUAGUUGGCAUGAAAUGGUCGAGUUCAGUACAUUUCUUCAUGAGACCUCUGUUCGAGACCUGAGCUUGGGGUUUAAAUGCGAAAAGAUUUGGGUUCAACCAGAGUGUCUGACCAGAUGGCUGGCAUCUGUGUUUCACCAACUAAGGAUUGUCAAUCUUGUUGACAUUCCUGAAGGGUAUGAUCUCACCUGGACAAUGUUCAUUCUGGAAGCGGCGCCUUCCCUGGAGGAGUUUUACAUGACGGUAAUGGAUCAUCCUUGUGACAUGCAAAUGGAUCAGGAGAAGAGGAAGACGAAGUCGUAUAGCGAGCACAAGGGUGUUGAGUGGGAAUCGCCUGCAUCGAAUUUCAAGCAUCACCGUCUGACCAAACUAAUCAUCUUCUGUUUUCAGUCUGAAGACUACAUGGUGAGUCAUGUCAGGCGUGUCUUGAAAGCGGCGGUGAAUCUAGGGGAUGUGUACCUGUAUGAUAGACUGACAUGCAGCAAGUGCCGAGGCGUGGAACCUCUAAAUCUGAUAAGGUUCCCGGAGACAAGUAAGCACAGGUGUUGGGUGGAGAAGCAAAUCAGAAGGGGUAUCGAAUCACUUGCCACAAUCCACUUCCUGACUACUGCUAAAAUAAGGGAGGAUUAUGUUUCAAGGAUAGUGUAG